CGACGCUUUGUAAAACUGAAGUACGAAUUAACGUACAGUAUGAUGAUGACGGCAAGUUCCUACAGGACAGAAUGGGAAGAAUUGUCUAGCAAGGGUAUUGUCACCGUCACAGACCCAGACAAGUAUAUCACAAUAUCAGUAAAUCCGACAAAUCAAGUCGAUUUACGGACAAUUUUCAAACUCUUACAAUCAAUUUUGUAUUUUUCUCAUGGUAAAGUACGAUGUGUCGUUCCUAUUGGUGGAGCGCCGAGGACCUUUUACCUUUCUAGGGCAACGAGGGGGGAAAGUCAAAUCCUGGUGGAAUCUAAUAAUGGUGAAUGGGAUCAACAGUUGAACUUAAACGCCCGACGCUACAACGAUGUGAUAAACUAUCUGAGCACUUUUGAUGAUCAAAAUUUGCUGGCCGACAUUAUGAUACGAGCUCUCACUUCACCUCUUAAUAAUCAACCAAAUUUUGAGCAUACAUUGAUAGAUCAGACAAUGAUACGACGUGUUGUCGAAUUCCUCGUGAUAACCAUGGUUGCAGAAGCAGCAACACCAACAGACCUCGUCAAGAAAGCCUUUAUCGAGCAGUUGGCAAGAAGUCGUGCUGUCUUAAAAAAACACUUUCCAGAAUGGAACACAAUGCCGAAAUUCUAUAAAAUUAGGAAAGACAUAAGAGGCAGCGGGAGAAGUCCGACCAUGGAUGAUGUAGCUCUUGUUCUUCUUUACAAGAUGAGAGACGACGACUUUGAUGAUAUGGAGAAGGCUUUCAGUGUGGUUGAGUUCCCUGCAAGAGACGACGGAGGGACAGCAAAAGCACGAAAGUAUGUGUAUGACAACGGCGAAAGAAACAUCCCUUCCUUUUGGAUUACAAAGAAGGCUGAUGAAAUAGUAGAGGCUGCGACAUGUACAGAACUCAUACCCAUGAACAAUUGCCCAAUUGUCUCAAAAGGAGACUAGUAACGAGUGUGAAAAUAUUACAUUGAUCGAAACUGAACCUCACCAUAUGAAAGACCACACUACAAUUAGUGUUCUUGUAAAGUUUGAACAUAUUUGGUUAAAUGCUCACCGAGUAGGAAUUUUUUCAAAUUUGUAAAAAUAAGAGAGAAUGUAUGGUUUUUGUAGCCCCUUUUGUAGAGAAUCGAACAGCUUGGAACGUCUGCAAUGGAGGCUAUGGUUUUUGGGGACGCUGCUCAAAAACUCCAUACAUUCUUUGUAUUUUUUCAAGUUUUAAACGUUUGAAGCUCUGUAAUAAUCAAUCUGAAUACACUCAAACUCAGCAGUUGUACUAAAUAAUUUAGUAUGGUCUUUCUUG